AUGUUGUACCUAGAGACGGGCACCACAACGUCAUUCAACGAGUCACAGUAUACAAACCUGGGGCUCCUGAACAGCAUGGAUCAAAACAUUCAGAAUGGUGGCUCGACCAACACCAGCCCUUACAACAAUGACCAUGCGCAGAACAACGUGACAGCCCCCUCACCAUAUGCCCAGCCCAGCUCCACCUUUGACGCCCUGUCCCCCUCACCGGCCAUCCCAUCUAAUACAGAUUACGCUGGGCCCCACACCUUUGAUGUGUCCUUUCAGCAGUCUAGUACAGCAAAGUCUGCCACCUGGACGUAUUCCACAGAUUUGAAGAAGUUGUACUGCCAAAUUGCAAAGACGUGUCCCAUUCAGAUCAAAGUCCUUACCACUCCACCACAAGGUGCUGUUAUUAGGGCCAUGCCUGUUUACAAGAAAGCCGAACACGUGACCGAAGUGGUGAAGCGCUGCCCGAACCAUGAGCUUAGCCGCGAGUUCAAUGAUGGUCAGAUUGCCCCUCCGAGUCAUUUGAUCCGUGUGGAGGGAAACAGCCACGCCCAGUAUGUGGAGGACUCCAUCACCGGCAGACAGAGCGUUUUGGUUCCUUAUGAGCCUCCCCAGGUGGGAACAGAGUUCACCACAAUUUUAUAUAACUUCAUGUGCAACUCCAGUUGUGUGGGUGGAAUGAACAGACGUCCGAUCCUCAUCAUUGUCACUCUGGAAACCAGAGACGGUCAGGUAUUAGGCCGCCGAUGCUUCGAGGCCAGGAUCUGCGCCUGCCCGGGCCGAGACAGAAAGGCAGAUGAGGACAGCAUCCGCAAGCAACAUGUAACGGACGCCACAAAGAGCAGUGAGGGUACGAAACGCCCUUUCCGCCAGGUUUCCCAUGGCAUACAGAUGUCCACCAUCAAGAAGAGAAGAUCAACAGAUGAGGAGGUUUUUUGUUUGCCUAUCAAAGGCCGUGAAAUUUAUGAGAUUUUGGUAAAAAUCAAAGAGUCUCUGGAGCUCAUGCAGUUUCUGCCUCAGCAUACUAUUGAAUCAUACAGGCAGCAGCAGCAGAAUCUCCUUCAGAAACAGACUUCCAUGCCGUCUCAGACUUCCUUCGGCUCCAGCUCCCCGACCCACGGAAAAGUCAACAAGCUGCCCUCAGUGAGCCAGCUCAUCAACCCACAGCAGCGUAACACACUCACCCCGUCCAGCAUGUCUGGAGGCCUGACUGACAUGACUCCCAUGAUGGGCACUCACAUCCCCAUGAACGCUGACAUGAGUUCACUGAGCCCCACACACGCACUGCAGCCACAGCUCCCCCUGGUGCCUUCCUCCCACUGUACGCCCCCUCCUCCAUACCCCAUGGACAGCAGCAUCUCCAGCUUCCUUAUUCGGCUGGGCUGCUCAGGCUGCUUGGACUACUUCACAGCACAGGGUCUAACCAAUAUCUACCAGAUUGAGAACUAUAACAUGGAGGACCUGUCCAGGCUGAAGAUCCCCGUCGAGUUCCAGCACAUCAUCUGGAAGGGCAUCAUGGAGCACCGGCAGGCCAUGGAUUUUUCCCCUCCACCCCACAUAGUGCGUACCACCAGCGGAGCCUCCACCGUCAGCGUGGGCGCCUCUGAGGCCCGCGGCGAACGCGUCAUUGACGCCGUGCGCUUCACCCUCCGUCAGACCAUCUCCUUUCCGCCGCGUGACGAAUGGUCCGACUUCUCCUUCGACCUGGAUUCUCGCCGCAACAAACAGCAGCGCAUCAAGGAGGAGGGGGAGUAGGACGAGCCCCGCGUCGACCCGUUUGUCAUUUCACACCUGUUGGAACAUUUCAUCUGGAAUUCUGGUAUCAGAGCAAAAUACUGCUGAACAGAAUCCAUAUUCAAAUAGAAAUGCACUUAUUUUCAUUUGGGUUCUCGAGGACAAAUAAAAGGUGUUGAGCAAAGGUGCAUUUUAUGUUUUAAUUUCUUGAGAGCACUUCAGAAAUGCUUAGGAUUUCUAGACUGCUUUGAGUUUAAGUGUUCAUGAUUCAUUCCAAUGUUAAAGCAUGACUGGAAACACAACUUGCAUUAGUGGGUUUUUUAGGACUGGUAUUUCUGCUAUGGGCCAUAGCACAAGUGUAUUUAGUUUGUAAUAGACCUUUAAGUUUUAAUCAUUAUGGUUGUACACGUUAGUCGAGUACACUGUUUUUUAUAUGUGGCAGAAGUCAGCAUUGAUUGUAAGCAUUUCAAACAUGUCCUGUCAGAAGUAUUAUGUCAGUUUGAUGGGUAAACCUUUUUCUACUGUAGCUUCCAUAUUUUGCUUUAUGUAUGUUUGUUUUGAGACCAAUGCAUCCCAUUUUUGCAUCAGGUUGUGAAGUAUGUUCGAUGGUCGGUCAUUUGAUGUAGCCACAUAUAGGCCUAAUGCUCUUGACCCAGUGUUGUACCGUAAAAAGAUACUAUGACUGAUGUCGUUUUGUGUUUGUUCUUGUUUUACUGCUGUGCACAAGUGGCUGAGAGCUUUUUCUCAUGCAGUGGAUGCUUAGCACAAGUAUUUUUUUUUUAUUUUUUUAUUAAUGAACCAUGUUUUGGUAAAGGUGUACUUCAUUUGAUAACAAACCAAAACCAUAUGAUUUAACUGUAUAUAAAUUUGUAUAGUUGUUUUUUUUUUUCAAAGCCACCCAUAAGGGAUUGCAUGAUUUUUAUCAUCAGUAUCAGUAUGUUUAUCAACAUAUUGAUGUGAAUAUUGUCUGGUUUUGUUUCCAGCAAGAACAUAGUCUGUACUCAUUGAGAGCAGUAUGCUAUGAGUGUUUGUAUGCUCUACUGUAGCCUAGAGCCCACGGUUAAAUGGUUUAAAGUAGCCAGCAUUGCACACACAGUGCGUAUUUUCAUAUUUUUGUACAAUGUGUUGUAAAUAUUUUGAUAUAAAUUGAAUAAAUAUCAAUCUUGCAAUAUCGCAUGGUAAUCA